GUUGUCUCAUGCUCGUAUCACCUAUCUGAGAGUGUAUGUGCUACGUAAUAAGGUGGCAUUUUAAAUUUGGACGGUGCAUAGUUAAUAUCUUACCAUGAGGAAGUUGAAGGGUGGUACUACUAAAGAGACGAAAAAGGACAAACUGCAACGGAGGAAAGAUAUGCAGGAAAUACCUGACAAAGUCAAAAGAAUUGUUCUUCCUACUCUAGCUGCUAUUGUUGCGGGUUUGGUGUUGAUACUGUAUUUUAUGACCAGACCCAGUAAUGCAACAAGCUAGUUUAACUGCAUAAAAGUUUCCGAAUUCAUUCCUUUUUAGUUUAUUUUCAUUAUGUUACGUGGAUGAUUAUAAUGUUUUGUGUACAGACUUGCCCCCCAGCAGCGGUCAACCGCUAUUUUAUGUAAUAUUUUUGUCUUUCCCUUUUUUGUGAUUUAAUAACUUCAGUAAUAUUAUGUAAACGUUGAAAAUGUCAUUACUUUUGCUAAAUAUCAUUUUUUUCUCUGCAAUCACCGUGAGUUGGCAGAAUUACCAGUCUUAGUUCUUUGAAAAGAUAGACGAAACAUUAUUUGGUAAUCACGUGCAGCAACCUGAAUUUGUCAAUGAUGAGGGUAGUAAUAUCUGGCGAAAUAUUUUUAGUAGAGGGUAGUUCACACCCAAGGUCGGGUAGUCGAAUGUUGAGCAGUGGAAUCAAUGAAUCAGUUCCAUGAUAUUUAUAUCUCGUUUAAUCCCUUCCUUGUUUCAUAACUGUAACCACUGGUGUCG